AAGUAAACUCAUGAGAUACUAAGUUCUAAUGAGAAAUCACAGUAAUUGGAAGAGGAGAGAGUGGUCUCUUCUGCCAGAGAAGAUGAAGAACUCUCUGCUGGCAGCUAUCUUUUUACUUGUUCGAGAUUCCUGCCGCUGCACAGACUGGGACUCUCCGUUCUGCCGGCAGCUGCCAGACUGGGACAAUGAACUGGUGUGUUACAAAGAAUUAAGUGAGGAUCUAACCUGUACCUGGCUACCAGUACCUAAUGCUGCAAAUACAGUUAAUUAUACUGUAUAUCUAAAAUGGAACAAAAUACAAACACUUUUUCGGCGAAACACAUCAUCACCUUCCAUCACAAUAGAACGAAAGAAUCUCUACAUUGAGAGAUUUGCAACCAUUUGGAUAGCAGUGAAUUAUGAAAAUGACACCUGUGCAAAAGGAAAGAACAUCUCAGUUUUACCAAGCAAAGCAGGAAAGUGCUUGUCACCAUCUAACAUAAAUGCUUAUCAGAUCACAAACCAAUUGAUAAUAAAGUGGGACAUGUCCACAGCUCAUACACCAUAUGAGCUGAGAUACAGAGAGGCACUCACAGAAUCUGCUCUGUGGACACUGGUGCCUGUAGGAAGCAAUGUUUUCAAUGUCACCAUUUCAAAUUUAAAUGCUAAUUCUUCAUACAUUGUUCAGCUCAGAUGCAUAACCAAGGAUGGCCUCAACUGUGUUUGCAUUUGGGGCAAAGAGAUUUUGGUCCCUCACAAACUCGUGAACAAGCCAAGAAUAUCUUAUAAUGUAACUACACAAGUGUCUCCAGGAAGAAGAAGUGUUCUUCUGAAGUGGGAGGUAGCACAAAGUGAGAAUGUCCUUGGAUAUUUUGUUAAUGUGGAAAGAAUACCCAACAGUUGCAGCCGCCCACCAAAUCACAUCUCUCUCAAAGACAGAAAAAUUCUUGUUAAUAUCUCCAUGGCAUACUAUAGACUUAAUAUUUCUGCCUAUAAUGAAGCAGGAGAAUCUCCACGAGCUAUCUACAUUGUCCCAGAAUUUUCUGUAACAGACUUGCCUGGUCAAAUUCGUGUCAAAAGGCAGGGAACAAAUGCAGUUGUCACAUGGACUCCAGAAUACAAACCAAAAUGUUUUGUGGUUGACUGGGGCAUUAGUAAAGAGAAUAUGCACAUGAAAAUAAUAACUACGGCUACUGGAAAUUUCACAUUAGACAAUUUUCAGCCAUAUAAGUUGUACAAAAUAAUGGUACAUGCAUCUGAUGUGUGUCAGUGUGAAAGUUUCAUAAGACAUGAAAAGACUUUUGGAGUAACCCACUUUUACUUCAUUGAAGGAGUUCCUAGGACUGGUCCCGCUAAUGUGACAAUUCUGAAUAUCACAAAGCAUUCUGCACUUGUGAAGUGGACUGAAAUAGCUGCAGAAGACCGUUUGGGCUUUCUCCAGGGAUACAGGAUCAGUUACACAGAUUCAUCAAGGAAAAAGUCUCCAGCUGUUACUCUCAACACUUCUAUCACAAGUUACCAUCUUACUGGACUGAAGGAAAAGACCACCUAUCGUGUGCAGAUUUCAGGAUUCACUAAUGCUGGAGAAGGACCUCUGACUCUUUCACAACCUUUCAGCACUCCAAAAUAUGAUAAAGGAGAACUUGAAGGUUUUGUGAUUGGUCUUUGUCUCAGCAUGAUACUCAUUCUGGUUUUUGCACCUCUCACUUGUUCUCUGGUGAUUAAAAGGCUGAAAAGAUCAUAUUGGCACAGUGUACCCACCCCAAGAAAUAGCACUGCACUCCAAGAUAUGACUAAUUGGAAACCUGUUUCAAGGUCACUGCUUCAGGCCCUGUCAGACAAUGAUACUACCAGCCUUUUCGUCAUAGAGCAUGAAUCAAAGGUUCCUCUGAUGCUAGACCUCUCCACAGAUGGUGGAGAAGACAACAAACAUGACACCUGCCAGUCAGAAAAACCUAGCAAUAACAUAGACAUGAGCCCAAGGCAUGAAGAAAUCCCUGCAGAAGCAGUUACAAGUGAAGAAGACACCAUUUUCACAGAAGUACCAUUCUUGAGUGACUAUGCCAGCAUGGAGUUUAGUCAGAAAGCCCUGAUGAGUCUGGCAGUGAGCACGCCUGAAAGAACUGCUCAUCCUCAUCUGAAAAUGGAACUAAGCAGUAAGCCAGCACAAACUGGGCAGAAGGUUUUGUUUGCUUCCCAGGACUACCUCAAACAAAGCCAGGUGGUGCUUCUGCCAUCUGGACCAAAUUUCACGGGACAAGCCAAUUAAACCUGAAGCAUCUUCAUUAUUUUCCUUACCAUGAAAUGAAGUUCCAAAUCUUGUUGUACUUCAGCGGAGCCACUAGGACCACAUGGGACACUGAGCUUGUGACAAUAGUUAUCUUCACUAUAGUCAGUUUCCUUGGCGAAAUAGAUUGAUUGUAUUACUAGAUUAGAUAUUUCACCACAGUCAUCCAGUGGAAAGUCCCACUACCUUCACACAGGCAAAUCUUUUAGGGACUUACAUGAAAAAUCUUCCAGUAAAGUAACCUCUUGCUUGGUAUUUUGUUCCAGGGGAUUCAGGGGCUGUUCAAGUCUUCCACUCUAAGCAUAAUGUCAUUGUAGAUAUCAGAAAAAUUCUCUACUAACUGUGACCAGCUUCAUAUCUGAUUUUCAGAUGCAGUAAGUUCUUCACCAAAAAAAAAAAAAUUCCAGCAAAAGAAUCUACCACUUCAAAGAAGAUCUCCAGUUGGUCAAAACUGGUCACAGAAAUUAGUGCAAAUCUUUCAAAUUAGGAAUCAAAAGUUUGCUUAUUGAUCCAUGUAAAACACCAUUAGUGCUGUACAUUCCAGAAUUUUACAACUUUAUUCAUUGUAGAUAAAUGGUGCUGGGUAAGUGAAGAUGAUAAUAAGUUUCAUUAACAGUAUUGGAGUUGCUACUUGUAUUAAAUUAAGGCUAUUUCCUCCUACAAUUACCCACACAUUCAGAAAAACCCAUCCAUAAUUUGUAAUGAGGUUUAGCUGCAGAUAUUGCUUCACACUGCAAUGACAAAAACCGUUGAACAGACUUCAGAAGCCGAACAGAUAUUUCAAGUACCCGUACCACCAAAGAUUGCACGGCAGAGGAGCCACUGAAAUACAGGGGAUAAAAGGGUCUUCCUCAAUAUGCUUUAUAUGCAACUCCAUCAACUCCACAAUGCAAGGAGUCUGAACCAUUUUCAGGCUUACAAGAGUUUCUCAGUCAUGAACUCUCCAAGCAUUAAUUAUUACAGAAGACCCAGUUUAUUGUUGUUGUCUCAAGUUUAAGGAGCAUUUUACUAAAAUUGCUCUGUGGAGAAAGAAAUUGAUCAACUGUAUCAUAAGCACCAGAGAAUCCAUAGAUGGAUAUUUAAAAAAAAUUUCUCAUUACAAGUGAAGGAUGAUCAGCAUUCACACAAAUAUUUCCACUCAUACUAGGCAGUAUGAAUUACAGAAAAGCCAUGGUCGCAAAAACUCAGAGAAAUUCCAUUCCACUUCACUGAUUCAGUGAGAAUCCAUAACAAAACCUAGUUUAUUCAUGUUCCUUAUUUAUAUUCACUCUAACUAUAUCUCUCUAUAUCUGUUAAGACUGCCAGGAACAAACGUGUAUUUCACUGUGGGUUAUGCACUGUAUUUUUUCUUAGCGCUUAAAAUUCACUGUUCUCCCACAAAGCAAUUUGCACUCAUAGCUGUUAAAUCUUGCAAUUGAAACAAGGGGUAAGAGAAGCACUCCCUAGAGAUUGCAUAACUUUGGUCAGUCUUUUAAAUAUCUUUCUUCUUUUUCUGAACUUUAGUCUGGUGACUUUGCCUGAUUUGAAUUUAAGACAAUGCAAAUGAUCCCGUUAUUAGUGGAGCUAUUUUUACUUGUAAUAUCAAGUAGUGGUAUUGAAAUGCUGUUAAAGACAAUGAAGUCCUGAUACAUAAUCUUUAUCAAGUAGUCGUAAUUUAUCCCUUUCCAGAAUACAAGAAUUAUCCAUGCUCAUUACUUACAGUAUUUCUUUCAUUUCUGGUCAAAGAAACUAAUUUUCCUGGUGCAUACCUUCAAUAUCUUUACUCAUGCCUGUAAACACCAAAUUCUUCUUUUCUUAGUCUACACCUGACAAUCCAAUACGUAUUAUUCUGUUAUGGAUAAAAUAUGAAUAAAGUCAGUAAGUAGAACCAAACAGAAGGCUUGCAAGCAGUUUCAGUAUAUGAAACAGUCUUGAUACAUGAAACUCAACAGACAGCUUGGGCUUUUAACCUGGUGAUUAUCAACUCCACUCUACCAGCCAUUGUCCGACAUCUUGCUACAGAAAAUUCAUAUAGCGGAACAGGAGAGUUGUACUAGAACCACCCAUGGAUAUUAAAUAGAAGAUAUAGAAUGUAUUCUAAUCUCAGUUAUAAAGUUCACAAUAUAUGUAAUUCUUAAUUGAUCUCAUUAGAGCAAUAUUUGCAAUGGCCGCAAGUGGUACAUUUGGGAGAAUAAGAGAUACAUGAAAAAUCCUGGUAUGGAGAUUAGAAAUAAACUCAAAACUCGUCCCAUGAUGAUGUAUACUUUGAGAGCAAAGAAAGAACUUUUUAUGUGGAGAGAAAUAGAAAAGCGCAUUUGCUAAGUAGUUUCAUGCAGCCAAAAAGGAGAUUUAGUUGGAAUAAUGUACUUACUCUGUGACACAAGUUUAGGAGACAUACCAUGGUCAUGUCUUCAGGUUAGGGAAAAAUAGAUGUCUGUGGUAUGUGUUUUUGGCUGGCUCUCCUGUGGAGAUUUUUAGUUCAGUUAGAAGGGUCCUACAACAAUCAUCUAAUUGUACUCCCUGACCUUUUCAGGCAGUUUAAAAAAUAGUGACUGCAGAAGCUUUCUCACACAAAUAAACAUGUAAGAUAGUUUAUUCCAUGUGCUAUAGUACUGUUCAAGUGGUUAGUGUAGUGUUCUUAGCAUCAAUAUUCUUAGCUUCAAUAUACGUUAUGUUGAGUGAAAUUGCAGAUAUGAAGGCUCAGGACCACAAAAGAAAAGGUUUUUAUAAUUAAAGUUUUGCUGUUUCUUCACUGUCAGCAUAGCUCUGGGUGAUCACUGGCAGCAUUAGUGAGAAUUUAGGACAUGGUGAAAGCUUAGACAACUGUAGACCCGGAAGCACAUCAUCAUCAUGAUUUAUAGAAUGGGAUAUUCUACUGCAAGGUUACAGUACUCUAGCAUUCUAUAUUUACAGAGAAAGGAAAGUAAUACUCAGUCUCUAAUACAGCACAAAGCUAGGUUAGUACACGUGUAUUUUUCUGGUAUCCAGAGUAGAUGUUUUUUCUUGCACGGAUGUGAAGACUUUUUAUUAUUUUUAAUUUUUUAUUUUUUUUUUUUAUUUAGUGUCUAAAGUCAGACUACAGUCCACUAGUUAGCUCUGAAAAUUAACACUGUAUCAGAGACAAAACAAACAAGGUCUCACUCUGGAACAAGAGAUUGCAGCAACCACAAUAUUGUAGAGGUUUAUUCUGCAUUAGUUAAUAAAUGAAUAAUAAUAUCUACCAAAUAUCCACAAAUUCCCCCAGAAUCUAUGCCUUUAAGCUUAGAGCCUUAACCCUUAGAGCCACUUUUAUGGCACAACAGUAUCUGCAUUUGAGCAGAGCUGUCUGGAAAGCAGAGAACACAGCGGCUUCCUGUCAACCCAAGUCAACUACAGUUAUUACUACAAAAAUUGUCAAAUACUGAAGCACUUCAUGAAAGACCUCUGGUUACAGAAGAUACUCUUGGCUCGGUGUCACAGGCUCUUGGCUUGCCUGUUUCUCUCACUCAAUGGCACUGUGUGUCUGCUGCCUAAAUGAGGUUAAAUGUGUUCUGGUACAAUGUUGAUGGAAUUUGUAUGAACCUGGCUAAUAAAACUUGUGACAGCUUACACCACUCAGUUUUGAGCACUGUUUGUAGAAGACUGCUAAGAAAAAUCACUCCAUGCCACUCGUGUUGGGAUGGGAAUAAUCUUAUCCUCAUACCUAUUUCAAUUCUACAAGCAGAAGUACCAGCUUGAUAAUAAAACUGAAAACAACCUGCUGUGCUAGAAAUGGUCAUUCCCAUCACCCAUCCUCAGAGACCCCUCCAGGGGCUUCACAGAAUCAUGGGAUCACUAAGGUUGGAAAAGACCUUUAUGAUUGAGUCCAACUACAAACCUAAUACUGCCAAGCCCACCACUAAACCAUGUCCUUAAGUGCCUCCUGGGAUGGUGACUUAACCAGUUCCCUGGGUAGUGUGUUCCAAGCUUGACAACUCUUCCUGUGAAGAAGUGUUUCCGGAUAUUCAAUCUAAACCUCCCCUAGUGAAACUUGGGGCCAUAUCCUCUCAUCCUGUCACUUGUUACCUGUGAGAAUAUACUGACCCUCAUCUCACUGCAACAUCGUCUCAGGUAGUUGUAGAGAGUGAUAAGAUCCCUUCCCUGAGCCUCCUUCUCUCCAGACUAAACAUCCCCAGAUCCCUCAGCCACCUCUUGUAAGGCCUAUGCUCUAACUUGCUUCCAAAAAACUUUCCCCAAACAAAUGGGUGGGCUUAUUACUUUACCAGAAUGAACCCACUAAGGAAGCAGUCUGGAUUUGUGGAAGUGGUAGACACAGGAAGUACAAAGAAUGAUGGGCAAAGCUACAGCCAGUACUGUCAGGAAAACAGAUUAAAUGGGUUCAGGUCCUUACUAGAGACACUGGAGCCUAGGUAAGCUGGAGAGUAGUAAACAUGAUAUUUUGCCUGAAAAUUUACAGGCUGCAGCCAGUUUUUCAUAAAUUCAUAGGUUUUUAUAGAUUGCUAGCACAGAAGUAGAUAACAGAACAAUAAACAAAAACAUAACAGAACAAUAUGCAUUCUCUGGACUUUCCCAUCCAGUAAUUUGGAGACGGGCCCAGAGAGCGGUGGUGAAUGGUGCUGCAUCCAGCUGGGGAUCAGUCACUAGCGGUGUCCCCCAGGGAUCUGUGUUGGGCCCAGUCUUGUUUAGUAUCUAUUCUGGUGAUCCAGAAUUAGGGAUUGAGUCUGCCACAGCAAGUUAGCAGAUGACACCAAGCUGGGUGUGAGUAUUGAUCUGCUGGAGCAUAGGAGGGCUCUGCAGAGAGACCUGGACAGGCUGGAUAGAUGGGCUGAGUCCAACAAUCUGAGGUUUAACAAGACCAAGUGCCAGGUCCUGCACUUUGGCCACAGCAAUCCCCUGCAGUGCUACAGGCUGGGGACAGAGUGGCUGGACAGUGGCCAGGCAGAAAGGGACCUGGGGGUGCUGGUGACAGCAGCUGAACAUGAGCCAGGGUGUGCCCAGGUGGCCAAGAAGGCCAUUGGCAUCCUGCCUGGAUGUCUAUCCUUCUCUGGAUGUCCAGAGAAGGGCAACAGAGCUGGGGAAGGCUCUGGAGCACAAGUCCAAUGGGAGUAACUGAGGGAGUUGGGGUUGUUCAGCCUGGAGAAAAAGAGGCUCAGGGUGACUUUAUCACUCCCUGCAAGUACCUGAAAGGAGGAUGUAGCCAGGUGGGAGCUGGUCUCUUUUCCCAGACAGCCACUGACAGGACACAGCCUCAAGCUGUGCCAGAGGAGCUUAGGCUAGACACUAGAAAAAUUUUCUUCACAGAGUGAUUGGGCCAUGGAAUAGGCUGCCAAGGGGGUGGUGGAGUCACCGUCCCUUAAGGUGUUUCAGAACAGGCUGGAUGUGGCACUCAGUGCCAUGGUUUAUUUUAUCAUGUGGUGUUAGGUCAUUGGACUUGAUCUCCAAGGUCUUCUUUGACCUUCUUGAUUCUGUGAUUCUGUAAUUGCUACUGUUAAACUUUGCUGGUAGUGCUUCAAGCCAAGGACUCAGCAAUCAGCAACCAUUGGUUUUCUUCCGAGUUCUAAUUAAAUAACCAUUCCAGCAUUCAUUUCAGAUGUGUGGCUACUGGGUACCAUCAGAAUUAGGAUCCAUAGGAUGCAUAAUGCCCUUUUGGCAUUACAGCUGUGGUUGUAUGUUUAGUAUCUGGUGGUUUAGUGGGUUACACAGUCUUGAAAUGAACUUGGCCACUGUGACUUCUGUGUAUUAUUUUCAAGUGCUACCUUUCAAGUGCUACUCACUUCUGGAAAGGAAGCUACACAUGUUUCUGCAACAUUAGGGACACCACUGGCAGCUGUGAUUGCCAAUGCCCGCACAACAUAUUAGGCAAAGACUGCAUUGUACCUUUUCAACACAACAAGAGUGAGAACCUCUUUGUAUAAAAAGAAAUGGCAUUUAGUCACAUUGAAGUUCUAACUAGUUGUGCUGGGUCAUAUGACUGUUCUUCCAAUGCUGCAAAGCAUUUAUUAAAAACUUAAGAUAAAAUUUACAUUGAAUGCACUGGCUCAAUGAAAACUAACAUUACUAUUACGGAUCCCACUGUGAAAAAGAAUGCAAAUAUUUCCACUAAUAACUAAGAGAUUUUGUGAAUGUUGAGAAAAUCUCUAGCUCCAAAACCAGUUAAAAUAAUCCAGUAGCAUGUGAUUCUAUUCUCUUUAUUUCAACAUUCAUUCAACCUUCACCAGAAGACCCUCUGGAUUUCACAAAAAUAAGUAAGAAAAGCAAAGGUGUGGUAGUACACUUGAAUUCACCAUAUCGAGGCUGUAUCUCAUUGGAAUGCUUGAGGAGUCUGCAGCUCCAAAAAGGGUUGUGUCUGUACUCAUAAAUCCAUUAUACAGGUGCUUUGAAGCCAUUUGCUCUAAGAAUGUUUCUUACUCUAACAAUUUUUAAGCAGCAGGGUUUCUCCUCUCUGUUUCCACAUUUGUCUAUUUGCAGCUGCAGGGUUGCAGUGAAGUUUUUCAAAUCCUUAACCACUAAAUAUUUUACUGACAAAUAGUCAAUCUCUUUUGUUUGUAAUACUGAAUGUGACUAAUUUUCUGCUCUCCAGAACUGAUGAAAAGGUAUGCUGAUCCUAGGACACAGAGAAAUAACACUGGAGACCCACUCACAAGCAUAAAAGAAGAUAUUUUUUCAACUUCAAGGACAGUUAUGUUUUGGAUUUGUUUGUUGCUUGGGUUUUUGGGUGGGUUGUUUUGUUUGGUAUUUUUAAAAUAAUAUUGGUGUGUUAUUUGAAAGCUUCAAGGAGCAAAAAGCAUGGAGGUAGAGAACAAGUGAUGAAAGACGCACUGGUUAUAUUUCUCCUUACACCCCUCCACUUGCAUUGUCUGUCCUUCCAGCAGCCCAAUAUGUCUUGGAAAGGCAAUCAGCUGUGCUGCCCAGGUGCCCCAGUUUUGCGCACUGGCAUCAUGGUACUCUGCCUAAUGCCAUGUUACACAAUCCAACCUUACAGUUCCCAUUCCUUUUCUUCACUGGCAAAACCCCCAUUGCAGUCAUAAACCAUACUGCAGCAAGGACUACAGAGUUCUGAUUUACUUUAUUUUCUCCUUAGAUUAAAUAAAAGCACCUUCCUGCUGUCAAGCAUUCUAAUUUACUUUCCCUCCUCCAAAAGAAAUAGUUCAAAAAAUAUAUUUCAUCAAUUAAUUAAAUGUUAAAGACAAACCUCCAACAUGCAUCAGCCUUAGUCCUCAAGUGUUGGUUCAAGGCACCAGGUAAUGAACUGGGCAUAAAAUCAAAGUCAAAACAAAUCUCUUUCAGAUAUGACUCAAAAGGCCCAGACACCAUACUGUACAUGGAGUAUCUCCUAUUAAUGUGUAAGUAGGUACAUCACUUUCCAGUGCAUUUUGGCACAUUACUACUGCAUUAGAGUACGAAGUUAGCAGUGGUAGAGCACUAAAAAUAGUGGUGCUUUGCAGUAAGCUUGCUGCAACAAAGCCUGUAGAACACUCAGUGCCUAAAUAUGCAGUAUUUCAAACACUACCUGAAAUCUUACUGUGAUAGCUCAGGAGACGGUGCUCCAGCACUGAGUUUUACACUGCAGUGCAGCAUAGCCUAACUUCCAGAAGAUGCUCUUCCUACAUCAGCUGUCACACCUGUACUUUCUGAAAUUCCAGGACUGAUUCUGGCUUAAAUACUUCGGUUUCUACACUGUAAUCCACUCAACAAUCCUUCAGGGGCUUGAAGCUUUCUUGGAGGUUUUUUUCUUGGGUCACACAACUAGCCUGUGUUCUCAGCAAUAAAGAUAAUGCUUUCAAAAUAAUGUAGUGCUAUAGCAAACCCAAGACUGUGAUCUGGCAAGUCUUGGUAAAUGAUACACAGAACCACGUUUAAAAAAGGAGGAUUUCUGGCUUGAUUCAAAGUAUUGUGCUGGAAAGGGUGUCUUUUUAACAGCAGCACAGUGAUCGAAAAGCUUGUGUUAAAGGUUAUAAUUCAGAGUAGUAAAGCUAAGUUUCUAUACAAGCACUAAAUCAGAAUCCUGCCCAAGCACCCAUCUAUCAGCAGGGCCUCAUUGCAAAUUACUUUCAUUCCUCUAACAUUGCAACCAUUACAGUCAUUAAUUCUUCAUGAUUUACAUAUCUGGUCUUCCAGUCUGUCUCUAUGGUACUUCAAUUCAUAGUUCAUGGUAUACAAGUUCACACCUUCAUAAUACAAAAGGGAAUGUGGAGACUGAUCUUUAAAGAGUACUCACCCUAUUCCCAAACCCAAAACUCCUCCACCCAAACACUGUCAUAGCUUCCAAGUAGCUAAGCACCAAGCAGCAGCAAGUUUCCAUGGUAUAAAUAAUCAUCAUAUCCAGAGAUGUUUGAUCACUAGUUUCAGGCAUUUUAUAUCUCAAAGGCCUGCCUACAAGUCAGAAUAUAAAUCAAGAGUGGUACCAGCAGGCUUGGACAGUUACUCCUCACCUCUUUAUAACAGGAGACAGAUCAGGAAUGAGGCUUGACUGCUUUUAUGCAGCUCUUGAACUAUGAUCUGGAAGGCUGACAUAGCUUCUAGUAAUUCUUGACCUUAUGGUCUUCAUAGACCUCUAGCUGUCUCUCUUGAUUACUCUUUCCAUUUGCAGUUAUAAGCUGCUGUUGGAAUAGUUACAGAUCUGACAGAAUGAAGUUAUUUUAGAAAGUAGUAGGAUUUAUAUGUUUUAUUAUCACCUACUGAAUUACAGCAGUUCUUACAACUAUAAAUAAUUUCCCAAGGUAAAAAUGAUCACCAGGAAUCUGAUUUACUAGAAUGAAUUAACUUACCCAAUAUUGGCUACCAUUUUUCAUCUAGCCAUAAAAGCACCACAAAUGCCCAUUUCUAACACAUUCAGUGCAAUGCAAUGACCCAUGUCUAACUUUCCUCAUCAAAAAUUCUGAAGUACACUUCCAGUUAAUUAAUUCAGUAUUGACACACUUUGACUGAACAGAGUAGAGUACUCCAAGUUCUGAUAUAAAAUUAGUAGAGCGAAGUGUGUCCCACACUAUCUGAGAAAUGGCCCUAUAAAGUGUAAAGCGGCCUCCAGCUCCCCCAGUCUCAAACCAUAAUACACAGCUAUCACCUAUCCAACGUCUUUGGAACUGAACAUAACAAAACAAAUGUAUCACAUUUUUGAGGAUCUUAGUGAAUUAAUUAUCUCCUCACUGAUACAAAUGAAAUUUGGGUAAUCAAAAUAUUUGCAUUUACUAUUACCAUGUGUAACUGUCACAAUCUUAUGUAAAGGCUGGCCCUGCUCCUUGGUCAUGUACAACUUUGAACCAUUGCAAAGUUAUCUCAAUGUGUUUCUCAGAUCUGUUUUUCCCUGCUUUCACAGAGAGGAAGAGCAUGGUGACACUUCUCAAGACCACAGACAUGGUAACUAAAUCACCUGUCGUGAUUAAAUCCACAUUAAAUAUGGAAGCUAAACCACCUAGGAGUCUCAUGACAGACAUGACUGACCUCAAAAAUCAUAAGUGGCAAAAAUCAUAAGUGGCAAGAUCACUAGUGGGUAAGUUAGUCUGUUGAGCAGCAUAUCUCAAACUUUUGCUCCCUAAUCAUUGCUAUUCAGACUCCUACAAAUUAUACAAAGCAAUUGAAAAGCUUAGGCAUUGAGAAGUAAAUUUUAGUAGGAAAUCUUCCAUGGUAAUAAAUUGAUAGGUAGCUAGUGUCACAAGCUCUGCUUGAACUCCUGAUUCCUACUUUGACAUAGUCUUCUAUACAGUCACAUUUACUAACUUAAUGUUUGCAAGUGAGACACCCUCUCUGGUGAAACUUUAGUAGUUUCUUAUACAAAGAAUAUCCCCUCCUCAGAGACAGGAUUCAGAAGGCUCUUCUGUAACUGAACAGUGAUGAUAUACUCAGUUACUUAACCCCUUGUCACCUUUCCUGUAACACUCUUGCCAGUAUCAGUACAACAGACUCAGUUUCAAAGCACUUGAGUCUGGAGCAGAUAAAGCCUAUUACAGAAAAGAAAAAAAAAAAGAGAAAAAUUGUACAGUCAUGUGUUGUAUCUCAUCUAAAUUUAGUGGAAGUGAGUUUAUGACACCAUUAGAACUUUGGGACAUGGUUUAUUUAUGAAAAGAACACCAAUGUACUAGCAUUUCGUGUUUCUUUAAGUGUACCAUUUUCGUGGUUGCUUCAUUAAUGCAAAAAUAUACUCUACCAACAUAGCACAAGUUUGAUUACCUGUUAGACUUAGAAUACCUACAUUAUUAACAGAAAUAUCAAACUUUGAGAAGGAAAAUAGUACUUUUUGCUGCUGUGGUGCUUUGGUUCCUCAGGUAUACCUGAAUCCAGACUGUAAUGGGUACGAUAUGUGUGUAACAAAUUAGACACAGCUCCCGAAUCAGUCGGGAAAACACCAGAAAGGACCCACUGAUAUGCUGCAUAAACUGUGAAUGUUAAAUUCCUCUCUUCAUCUUUCUGGGCCAAAUCAGUCAUUCCUUUGAUUGUUAUGUAAAUGACAGGUUUCAAAGUAGCAAUUUCUAAAUGGCCCAUGAUUUACUCAUCAGUGCAGCAGCAGUUCUAAAUCUUUGCACUAAGGAAAGACCAGAGACUCCAUCUCUAAGAAAGCUAGUUAACUGGCAGCCUCAUUAAGGCUAUCAAGAACUGCAUGAAAGGGAGAUGAAAUUAUUCCUUUACCGUUGCUGACAAAUCUUUCAGGCCAAAAAAGACAUAUACAGCCUUUUCAAUGGAAAAAGAAUGAUUCCACUAACAACUACUACAGAACACACUUCAUACACCAAAAAAUUCUGAUCUCACAUCAAAUUUGGUACUAGAUGAACAUAAAAAAUGCAACAAAAUUUUUUAAAAAGGUGUAAGCUAAAACUUUCCAGAAUAGUACAAAUAGCUAAAAUCUAUUUUUUGCUGUCCAUGUUCUCCUGUAUUAAGCUCGACAAUCUUAAAACUGACUUCUCAUGACAAUAAAAAAAAAAAAAAAAAUUGUCCUCUUGGAUAGUAAGAGUUCACAUAUUUAGAAAACAAGCUUAAGUUGGCGGAUAGCUUCUCAGCUGUAGUAUUUACUUAAACAAUAAGGAAUUGAAGUGUUAACAGCCACAUCUCCUCAAACUAGAGGUAAAGUAUCUGCCUCCACAUAUUGAGCAGCUC